GUAUAAAAAUGUUUCCCUUUAGAAAUUGGCCGACCCACUCCCGUCUCUCUUCACACAUCCCCGCCGCCAAACAAUCCUCUCGCCACCAGUCUGCCCCGGCAUCGUCUUUCUCUCCCUCCUAUUUGAUCUAGUCAGCUCAAUUCCUCUCCUCCUCCGGCGGCUGACCCAAGCCCUCUCUCGGCUUCAAGUUUCCGACAGACCGGGAAAUUAAAUAAGUUUAGCGGAAAUGGCGGGCCAUCUUUGCCGCUAUUUUCCGUUACACUGCUAUUUUUGGCCGCGACCAACUGCUAUUGAUGUGAAAUUUGUUCAUCCGUUGUUGAGGUCUUUAGCACUGUCGGCUGCCGCCACCGCGAAAUAGCGGCUGCGACACUGCCACUCCACUGCUAUUUGAAACCUUAAUCCGUUUGAAUUUGAAUAGCUUGCUGCUAGAGGUGAGCUCUUAUAAGGUAGCGUUGAAAGUAUUUAAAACGGAAGACGCCUUUUCUUUACUUAGUUGAAGCAGAUAAAUUCUCUAUCCAUAUUGUCCACACGUCAUUGUGUUAUCUGGUGCAGAAUAAUGAAGUUGGUCAGACUUGUGAAAGCAGUUUGUGCCCGCCCCUCCAUUUGUGAAAUAAUGGGGCCUUUGCACGUCCGGACAUUUCAGCAUGAUUUCGUUCCUAGAGAUCCCAAUGCUAAGCCUAAAAGGUUCAAAUACCCUCAAGUUUAUGAUCCAUAUGGCCCAAGGCCUCCACCGUCUGAUAAGGUUGUUGAACUGGCAGAGCGAAUUGCAGCCCUACCACCAGAAGAACGCAGACAAAUCGGUCCUACUCUCACCGAGAGGCUAAGACACCCAAAAAUGCAAGUCAUUGCAGAUGAAGGGAUGGACUUGGGUGCACAGGGUGGAGCAGGUGCAGGUGCAGGAGCUCCAAAAGCAGAGGAGAAGAAAGAGAAAACAGCAUUCGAUGUGAAGUUGGAAAAGUUCGAUGCAGCUGCAAAAAUCAAGGUAAUUAAGGAAGUGAGGGCAUUUACUAACUUGGGUUUGAAAGAGGCUAAGGAACUUGUUGAGAAGGCACCUGUUAUACUCAAACAAGGGAUCACGAAGGACGAAGCAAAUGAUAUAAUGGAGAAGAUAAAAGCAGCUGGAGGAGUUGCUGUCAUGGAAUGAGCUCAGCUGCUUUGCUCUUUUUUGUUUAUUAGGAUAAUGUUGAAGAACACUUUUACAGAACUUGUUUCUAGGAUGAAAAGUUUUGGAGGAAGAAAGAAAACGGAUUAUUGCUUCCUGGUCGUUGCUUAUUUAUUUUUGGAAUUUGACAUGCCUUUCUUCA